CAACGGCAAUUAGCAAUUGCCACGAAAUUUCUCUGAUAUAAUACCACCACCAACAAAUUGCUUCGUUAAUUUGCAGACUAAGUUCCGGAAGAUCGUGUUAUCCCUUCGAAGCUCGGGAUAAGAUUUCUUUCAUUAACAGAACAUCAUAUGGUUAUGUUAUGCACCAACGAGAUAAUAGGAUUGGACGCCAUACUUGCAUCAGGUUGUUGUUCAACGUGAAACCAUCGCAAUAAACGACAAUUACGUUAUGAAAACAACCAAAGAAGACGUGGACAUUUACCGUGAUACAGCUGUCAGAUAUCUGGGCUAUGCAAAUGAGGUUGGAGAGGCUUUCAGGCCUAUAGUUCCCAAGUCAGUUGUAUGGUUGAGUUACAUUGUAUCCAGUGGAUAUGUUGUUGCAGACACCAUCCACAAAGGUUUCAACGAAUACAAUAAGGAUGCUACUCCAUCAGGAACAAAAAAUGCUUUAUUUACUAUGUCAGACACCUUAUUGUGGCAGUCAUUCGCAUCUGUGAUACUUCCUGGCUUUACAAUUAACAGAAUCUGUGCUGCUGUUCAAUAUUUACAACAUAAAAGUAACAAUGUGGCCUUAAAAAAUAGGUGGAUCUCCACCAUUGUUGGUCUGACUUCUAUACCUUUCAUAAUACAUCCCAUUGACAAUAUGGUAGAAGAAGCAAUGAAUGUUACAUAUAGAAAGUGGAUAGGUUAUCACCCUAAAUUACCACCAACAGAGGACAGAUAAUUCUAGACAAUAAACUCUAGAUCUAAUAGGCUUUUCAAAAAAAAAAAUGAAAGUACUACCGCUUACGAUAUUAUAAAAAAAAAAAUAAUAGUACAAUUUAC